UCUGUUACCCAAAACAUUAUCAGAUACUAAGAAAUGGUGAGGUAGUAUCAGAGGGUUGACAUUUCACUUGCCAUUUAAAAAAAGUGGACAAACUGGCCCUACUGCAUUCUUCUCAGCAAACGCACGCCCACAUGAGAAAACUGUACAGGUGCAUGAAGGUGCCGCAAAGAUUUACCUCAGGAACCAGAAGCAUUUAAAGCUGGGAUUUUAGGAACUGGUAAAAGGAACGUGGUAAGUGACCCAUUUCUGAUAGAAACUAAACAAAGUAGGUUUUACGAGAGAUCUUUUGAUUAAGUCAUUCUUCUUAAGUGUGUUUUCAUAGUUGACAUUUCUUAACUCUGACAAGUUUGUUUUUUGGGGGGUGGUGGAAACUAAACAUAUGUUCUCUCUUAGGGGAAACCACAACUAAAGCAAUUCAAAUGAUGGCAGAACAUGGAACACCCUGUGAUCCCCAGGAAGCUACAUUUUGCAUGAAUGAAGGGGCAUGUUAUAAAUUACCAGCUAUGAACACACUCUCCUGCAUCUGCAGUGAAAAUUACAAAGGAAUCAGAUGUGAGCAGUACCACCUUCCUAGUUCUUCUCAGGAUGGACACGAUAGAGGAUUAUUAGCCGCCAUCAUCGUUGUAGCAAUCAUCCUCUUGGUGGUGCUUGUUGUUAUCAUUUACUAUGUUCAAAAGAUGGUAAAGGAAAAAACAAACCAAAAGAAGGAUGGCGAUCAGACGAAGAAGCUCCAAGUAUGAGCUCUACUGCCUAUAUGUACAUGUUUGUGCAUGUGUUUAAUGUAAUAAUAUAUUAUUUAAUUUUGAUGCAGUAAAUACAGUAAUUUAGAGGAUGAUUCUGCAUAUUUUCAUGUGAUAAAAAUAUAUAUGAGGUUUGGAAUAAGGAUUAGUGGUUGGGAAAUGAAGAACUUGUUACAUGUUAAUAUAUUUGUUUAAAUGUGCAAUUGAGACAACCAAAUCCAGUGAAAUUGGGAAAUAACUGUUAAAAAAAACUCAACCCAUUCUAAGUGGAUGUUUUAAAAAAAGUGGCUUAAUAAAAAAAAAAAAAAAAAAAAAGAAAA